AUGGACUCGUGCUUCGCCCCCAUACUAGGCGACGACGUCUUCUGCUACAUCGACGACGUCGUCAUCUGCGGAGACGACCCGAGCGCGAUGCUCGCAAAGCUACGCACCUUCCUGGGCCUCUGCCGAGAGACGGGCUUCUACCUGCGGCUGGACAAGAGCGAGUGGUUCAAGCCCGAGGUAGCCUACCUGGGCCACCGCGUGGGCAAGGACGGCAUCAGAUCGUUCCUGGGCGUAGCAGGCUACCUCCGGAACUUCAUCCCCAACUACUCGACGCUGGUGGGCAGCCUGUUCGGGCUACUGAAGAAGGACAAGCGGUUCGACUGGUCAGAGGAAUGCCAGGCCGCGUUCGUAAAACUCAAGGAGGCAGUGGCCCGCACGGCCACCCUGUACCCCCCGGUCCCAGGAGGGGAGUACGUCAUCUACACGGAUGCGUCGGAAGUGGGCGCGAGAGCGACCCUCAUGCAGGUCCAGGAGGGGCGGGAGGUCCCUAUCGAAUAUGCCAGCAAGAAGUUCACCGACGCGGAGCAGCGAUGGGACACGAGGGAGCGUGAACUGUUCGCGGUGAAGUGGGCCAUCGACCAAUGGAGGGACUACGUUGGCCUCACGCACUUCACGGUGGUCACGGAUCACAAUAAUCUCCGCUACCUGGCGGGGGUCGACAAAGGGAAAGUGUUUCGCUGGGCGUUGCGAGGAGAAUCACAUCGCGGACUGGCUAUCGCGAUACUCAGCCAUGGACGACGCGGCAGAUGCGCUAUUAGACAAGAUGGCGAUCCGAGUCGGCGCCGUGAACCGUAG